AUGUGCUGACGGAAACGGAAAAAUGUUUUUUUGGGCCCGAAAUCGGAUCUGAUAUCAGGCCUGAUAAAGUGUGGAUGUUAUUGGCACUAUACAAUAAAUAUGACCUUUGGGCGAGGUUUUUAGGUUAUGCAUAUAAAAAAUGGUUUAUAUUGGUUUAAUGGUUGAACACUUUUGGCAAUUAGAGAAAGUAUUUUUUACAUUUCAAACAUUUCUAGAAGUGCUGAUAUUCCGUGAAACGAAAACGGUUAUCAGGCAGGCAGGACCGAUUUCGGUCCCGAAAUCAGGAAUUGUGGAUGUAAUUGGCGCUUUAUGGACUGACGUUAAUCUGACAUGGCUAUUUGUACUUCUACGCACAUUUAUUUAUUUGUAUGUACGUACAAAUAGCCAUACAUUUGACAUGCCCCUCCUCCGCAAAAAUCGGCAGACUGUUUUGUACAGAAAAUUACAGACAAGGCGUCUCGAGUUGUUAAAUCCUCCAAUGUAAAAUACAACGAUUAAAAUAUCAAAGUUAACUCUCACGCACUAUUGAAUGCAUCCAUAAGAACGCUUUAAUUCUGAACGCUACCGUUACGUAACUACGCCCUCUAGCGGCAAUUUUCUAAUAAAAAUACUUCGUGAAUGUGGCGUGUGUUGUUUGGAUUAUUGAGAGUCGUAAAUAAAAAAGCAAUCGAUGGUUUAUUAAUAUUUGUUAUAAGUAUACUACACAUGUCUUUAGACAACACUCUACGGAAGGACAAUCAGUGAAAACCAAUAUCUUCACGGGAGACGUGGUCUAAAUUUGGUAUUUUGUCAUAUGUUGCACGCCUGCCUUGGGGUCUCUGAAAAGGACAAAAAAAAUAAUCAGUAAUUCCGAUGCUAAAUUGAUAAUGCCAAAUAGACACAAUCAGUCUCCUGGCACGUUACAGCGUUUUCUUGUGACAAUGCGAAGUCUUUAUGUGUGAACGUGUAUUUCGCGUGAGCUAAAUUCAUGAUGGUUACUAGAGUGGACACUGAAUAAGAGUCAGGAUGAGUCACAACUUGGCUGGGAUGCCCGGCGCCUACAGGCUGCCUGGGCCGGGCCUAGGCCCGCCGGACUUCAAGCCGCCCAUGGAAACACCCACGCCUUCUGCGCCAGCACCCAGUAAUCCAAAGAAGAGGAGAAAAACAUCAAAUGCUAACAAUGCCCUUGCACCCCAACCCCCACCCACCGCACAGGACCUGCUGCCUCCACCAUUAACAGGAUAUGGAGACACCAUAGUCGCAUCUAAUCCUUUUGAUGAUUCUCCAUCUACAAUUUCACACAAUGGCCCUAUGAUGAGCCAGAAUGGCCCAAUGAUGAGUCAAAAUGGCCCAAUGGGAAUGAUGGGACCAAUGCACAGUAUGGGUGGACCCCCCAUGAGGCACAUGAGCCCUUUACCCCAUAGUAUGAGUCCAAUGAAUCAGCAAAUGCCACCUCGGGGUAUCAGUCCCAUGGGCAACAUGAGUCCAAUGGGCCAUAUGGGCGGAAUGUCACCAAUGGGAGGCCCAAAUAUGGGAAUGAGCAAUCACAGUAUGGGCCCAGGCAUGGGGCCAGCGUCAAGGUCAAUGGGUAGUCCCAUGAGCCCUAUGAAUUCUAUGCCAAUGGGAUCACCAAUGUCUUCCGGGCCGAUGGGAAGCCCUAUGAAUAUGGGGUCAAUGGCAGGCAGCCAUAUGAGCAACAGUCCAAUGGGGCCACCCAUGCAUAGUCCUUUAGGAGCAGGUUCCAUGAACGGGCCAAUGAAUGGCCCUAUGGGUGGAGGAGGGCCAGGUAUGAAUGUGCCUCGAAUGAAUGGCCCCAUGGGUCCCAGUUGUUCUAAUGGUUCUAUGGGCCCAAGUAGUUCUAUAAUGUCUUCAAACCCAAUGCAGAGUGGUGGAAUGGGACCAGGUCACUGUGGUCCGAUAAGACAUGGAAGUCCAAUGGGCUCUGGCAUGGGAGGAGGUCCUAUGGGAGGAAAUGGUCCAAUGUCAUCAAUGGGCCCGGGUCCACCAUACUCAAGCAGCCAUAUGGGACAUGGAGGCCCAAUGGGAAUGGGAGGCAGUGGUAAUAUGGGGAUGGGUCCGGGCCCAGGUAACAUGGGUAAUUGUGGGCCUUUGGCAGGCAUGAGUGGCAUGGCAAUGGGCGGCCCCGGAGGGCAAGGAGUAGGCCCAAUGGGACAGGGAAUGGGGAUGUUCGGGCCAAAGCCAAUGCCUGUUAGUGCUGGGAAAGUGUAUCCCCCGGAUCAACCGAUGGUAUUUAACCCACAAAACCCGAAUGCUCCUCCCAUCUACCCUUGUGGAGUAUGUCACAAAGAAGUACAUGAUAAUGACCAAGCCAUUCUCUGUGAAUCUGGAUGCAAUUUCUGGUUCCACAGGGGCUGCACAGGGCUAACGGAGCCGGCAUUCCAGUUGCUCACAGCAGAAGUAUAUGCCGAGUGGGUGUGUGACAAGUGCCUGCACUCCAAGAACAUCCCGCUGGUCAAGUUCAAGCCCUAGCGCGAGGCGCGCGCCGCAUCACAAGUAUUUAUUCCACUAAAUGGACUCUGUGAUUCACUCUCUUAAUUUAUUCGCGCAUGGAAGUUACGCUACAUGAAAGCGAUACUUAAGAUACAGCUACCUAUUUGAGUUGCUCCAUUUGCCACUUAUGUUGCUGCCUUGGCUGUAAAAAAAAACUUUAUAAAGUUUUCUGAGCCUCAAUAUAACACACAACUCAAAUUGCACAAAAUGUUGUUAGUCUCAAAUUUUAAUUGACAACUAAGCUAAACCACAAAUAAUAUUUUAUCUU